CAGUUUGUGUGUGCAAACCAGUCAUUUCUUCUCAUUGGAAGUGGGGGAAAAGUAAAAAUAAGAAGACAAGAUACUACCAGAAGGAAUUCAAAUUCAGAAGCUUUCCUGCAGUCUUUCGUCCUUCCGGCCGUUUUUGCGUUUGAAAUUGCCAUUUGUGGCACCACCCUGCCUGGCGCGCGGCCAUGUGCCGUGCCGCCAGCCAUAUUCAUAUUCGAUCAUUCUGAGUUUCUGACACACACCAGCUCAUUCAUCUUCUUUCCUGGAAAGAAGAACGGAUGAACGGCAAGGGGAAAAACUGCACCAGCUCUGGACUUUUUCAAAAAUUGCACCAAGUUUGGACUUCUUCCUUGCACAAGCAAGAAGGUCCCCAGUCCAUUUUUGGGGCUCAUUUGUUGUUUUUUUCAAAAAUUUGAAAGUUCCCAGCCCAUUUGGUCAAGUUGUUCGUCUCAAUGAUAGAAGGGGAAAUUUCCUCCCGGCCGACGACGUCACGGCGGCUGGGCUACUGCGCCCUGAUAUGGAUAGAAAUUGAAUGGGCGAAGGAACGGAUGGGAUGCCCUGCCACGGUAUUCCCCUCCAUUGUGCGUGCCCCGGCCCAGCCCUUUUUGGUUUUUUCUACUUUCGCCCCUCCUCCAGCCUGGAUUCCCCCUCUGGAAGGAAACACGCACAGCAUCCAAUCCAAGGGUAAAAAAAAGAGCAAAUUCAAAUUCGGUUUUCGAAAUAAAAACAGUAAAAAAAAGCGCGUGGGGCAGUGAAAACGCAGGGCCGGGAGAUUCCUUGCGCUUCGCCCGGCGAGAUUCCCUUUGUUUGAUCCGUACGGUAAACGCGAUCGGAUCGGGCAAAUGGAAGCGAAUUCCUCGGUGUUUCCACCGCGGGCGGGGCGUUAAUUAUAAUUAGCCGCUUUACCGAGGGGCAGGGCGGCUUCCGAUUGACGCGUCCUCUGCUCCCACAUGGCACGCCAGUGACGCAUCCCGCCCAAUGGCCUGCCGCCACGUCAGCCAAUGACAAAUUCCUUGUGCUGGCCGCGUUUGACUUUUACCUUGGUGGUGAAUCAACCCGGACCAAACAUGAAACAACCACCCUUGAUUUUUUCUCAUUGUACGCCACCUGUAUGGGCGCCUUUGCUUCGGAAUAAAGAAAAAGAAAAAUGGAAAACCCGGGCGUCACAUGCGCGUCUCACAUGGGGCGCGGGGCGGGCCCGGCCCAUCAUGCACCGCACACACGCGGGCCCCACGCGGGCGCGCUCGCUCGCUGCCGUCACUUUGAAAAAGGAGUCUGGUUCGGUUCGCAGAAGAUAUAUAUAUCCCUCGGCCGGACGGACCCGUUUGUUUAUUUACAAAUAUGUUUGCUUGUUUGUUUUACAGCUCGGAGGAGAUCGCGCUCUGGUAGCAUUAGAGGUUAGAGAUAGAUAUAGAUAAGCCCGAUUAGCGCCUCUCUCGUCCGCUUGCGAGACGAAAGUCGAUCGGUAUCGUGAUAUUAUUUUUAAUUUUAGAGUAACGCAGGCGAAGACGGGAAGAGAGUCAGGGGUUGAGGAGAUUGGGAUUGAGAUUGCGAUGGCGAGCGGGCGGUUCAUGGAGGAGAUGAUGAGGGAGCACGAGCAGAGCCUGCUAGAGGCGACGUGCGGCGGCCUGUUCGACCACAUCGAGGACCUGCUCGACUUCCCCAAGGAGGACUCGGCGGAGGACGUGCUGCUCCUCGACGCGCCGGUGCCUGACAGCCCCCUCGCCGCGCGCGUCCUCGCCGGCGGCGCGCCCCCGCCGGCGCCGGCCUCGCUGGAGCAGCAGCAGCAGCAGGCGUCGCUCAUGGUGCCCCCGCCCCCGCCCGCCGGGGACCACUCCGCGGCCUUCCUCGGCGCCCUCGGAGACACCCACAUUGGCACGUGCGACGAGCUGGACAUGGACAUGGCGCAGCUCGAGUGGCUGUCGGGGCUGUUCGACGACACCUCCAUCCCGCACGAGCCGGCCUUCGCCUGCGCCGCGCCCAUCAUCAGGGCCUCCGCGCUGAGUGCCAACGCCGGCGUCGUGCUGCCCGACAAGAUGGAGGACGCGCUCUUCCGCAGCUCCAGCCCCACCUCCGUGCUCGAGGACGGCGCGAACAAUGUCAACGUGAACAUGAACAACAACAACAGCGGGGGCUCCUCGGCGUCGUCGACGUCGUCGUCGGCAUCGUCCUCCUCGGAGUCAUUCUCCGGGAGCGGCCGCCCGUGGUCUGUGCCGCUGUCGCCGCGCCCGGAGCCGCCGGUGCUCGUCAUCCCGGCGCGCGCGCGCAGCAAGCGGUCCCGCGCCUCAGCGUUCCCCGCUGCCAUCCGCGCCGCUGUGCCCGCGCCCGAGACCAUCCUCGUGCCGACGCCCAUGUUCUCCUCCACCUCCUCCUACUCGGAGGAGCCCGAGUGCAUUGCCGAGUCCAACUCGCAGCCCAAGAAGAAGAAGAAGGCCAAGAGGCCGACCCCUCCGGUCACCUCUGAUGCUGAGGGCGACGCCGACUACGAGGAAGGCAGCGGCCUCGCGCCCGGCGAGGUGCGGAGGUGUAUGCAUUGCCAGAUCGACAAGACGCCGCAGUGGCGCGCUGGGCCGCUGGGGCCCAAGACGCUCUGCAACGCAUGCGGCGUCCGCUACAAGUCCGGCCGCCUCUUCCCGGAGUACCGCCCGGCGGCCAGCCCCACCUUCGUGCCAGCCAUCCACUCCAACUCCCACAAGAAGGUGGUGGAGAUGCGCCAGAAGGUUGAGCCCAAGGGCGACGACCUGCUGCAGUUCAUCCGCCGCCGGGAUUGAUCGAGCUCCCCGUGCCGGCAUCGGUCGCCGGACGGUUGGUCUCGUCUCAUCCCCCUUAGCUAUUAUAUAUGUAUACAUGCUAGUAUGUAUGCAUUGCAUGCUUGCUUCCAUCCAUGUAGUCAGUCAGUCAUCGUCGUCCGUCGUCAUGCAUCCACCCACCAUCAUCGCCAUGCAUCGGUUUCAGUCAGCAUCCACCCAUCAAUCGCCGGGCAUCCUGGCCGGCGUUAGUUCAAUAGGGCUUUUCUUUUGGGUUUACUCCACCUCUUUUUCUUCGUCUAUUACUUAAUUGGUUCCCCCUAAGAAGAUUUUUUGUUUGUAUAGAGGAGGGUGAGUGAGGAGGGCAGGAGAAAUAGAUGGAUGGAUCAAUCACAGAGUCAGUGGUUGUUGCAUUGCAGUUGCUUGCAAAUUAGGUACUAGGUGAGAAGGAGAGCUAAACCAGCAGCAGCAGCAGCAGCAGAGGCAGAGGCAGCUAGACAGUCAAUUAGGAAAGUUGGUGUGUGCUCUGAAGCAAGAGUGAAGUCAAGGAGAUUUGUUGGUUUGCUAAGUUAGAGAGAAACUUUGUGUCAAGUAGUAGCCAUCAGGAGGUUGAAGUAGGGGGAUCACCAAUCAAUCAUAGUCAGCAGUUUAUAUUGGAGCUUGGUGUACUCAACUCUGAAUAUUCUUUUUGCAGUUCAUCUAUGUUUAGGGAUUUAUAAGUGGUGUCUGUCUUUCUUGUGUUUUAUACUAGUAGUGUUACCCUUUUUUUUAUUACUAGUAGCCAUUAAUUAAGAUUCCUUUUUUUAGUCAUCAUGCCUUGUUGCCUCUAUGCAAGUUGUGAUCAUCCAAGCAAAGGAAUUAUAAUCCUUGAGCUCUUCUUCUUCCCCCG